GGGAUGCAGGCAGCAUUGAGAAGAGAAGCGAAGCAAGAGAAGAGAGAUCCAUCCCAGAGAUGUUCCAAGCCGAGAUGAGUGUCAAGUCGGAGCCAUGUGAUGAUGUAGAAGUUGAAGAAGAGGGACUGCUCUACAGUCCACUCUCAUGUGAGCUAUGCGCUGAAGUGUUCUCGGUGCCGGCUGCAUGGGUCAGGCAUGUGCAGCAUCAUGCGGACCAAGAUGAUCAUCAUGCUCGGAAGAGAAAACGGAUAUCAGAUAGCGACGACACAGAAGACACGACAGCUUUACUCCGCUGUGACCUUUGUCAGAAACAUUUCCCGAACCCCGCGGAAUGGGUGAGACACAUACAAAGCUCGCACACGGAGACAGAAUUGGCCUUAUCAAACAACAGUGAACCACCAAAACGUCACAAUCGUUUCACAGACGGCGAGCAAAGCAAGAAAUGCGAACAAUGCAACAGGAACUUCCCGUCGCAUGCCUCCAUGCUCAUACACUUGCGCACGCACACGGAAAAUCAAGUAAUACCUAAGGACAAUGACCAUGUCCUUGAGAUGAGCACUAAACGAAGAAAUUGUGCAGGGUGCUACGACAGACUGCGGAAAACCUUAAAUAGUUUCCAAGCAAAAAGAAAAAUAGAUUGAAGAUACUGGAAAGGCUUCUACCUGAUCCUGAUGAAGUCAAUCGACGCAAUGUUUUGAAAGUGAAAAAGAAACUCACCAAAAUAGAAAAGACCCGAGUGAGACAGAAGAAAGUAGGAAGAAAGAAACCACUGAAGCGGCCCGAAAAGAAUGCAAGGGCUGCAAAGCCCAGAAGAAGAGAGUGCAAAUAAUUUAUGAAUAAUGAAGAUUUGAAGAUUAGAUGCAAUGCAAUAUUUGUAUGCUCUGGGUGCACGAAAAUUGCACCGAGUUUGAUGACAUGUGUUCUCACUGCGGCCAUAAGAAAAAAAAGGAGUUAAAAGAUCUCAAGGGUAACGGGAAAGGUAAAAAAAGUACUGGCCAUCUCGCCCCGAACACUAUGGCCAUCUUUCCCGGGCACUCGGUGAGAGAUGGCCAGUCCUAGUUUUUUUUUAAAGUUUAAAAUUAUAUUGUUAGCGUUGUCUAAAGUGAUGUAUCGUUAAUAUUUGAUAAGAAUAAUAAAUAAAGUUUAUGUUCUAUACGAA